CGCGCCAUCCGCUCGAGCUCAGGAGGCCUCCGAGCUCCCCGGCUCCUCCGGUCCCCGUCCCGCCUGCAGCGCUUGGCUUCCGGCCGCGCUCCGCCCCGUCACGGAGGAGCCCGGGACGCGCGUGGGCGGCACCGGUACCGGGGAGCUGUCCAGCAGCGGCGGCUCCUGAACGGCCGCGGGGACGCGCGGAGCUCCUCGGGUCACGACUCGCAUCUCAGGCAUCGAGAGCGCUGCGAACCUGGCCGGGGACGGCAUCGCGCGGAGCGGCCUCGGGGAGAGGCGGCCGGCACGUGCCCGGUACCGGGCUGACCUGCAGGGCUCUCACCCGGCCCGGCUGUGGCAGAGGAGGUUCUGCCGCCGGACCCCAGGAUUUGGUGCUGGAGCCAGUCCAGCUGAGCUCCGAGCUUUGCUAACAGCACGGUGUUAUUAAAGUGGGCUUAGUGCCUAAUGGGAUUGCCGUGGAGUGGCUGAAGCAGGGAUUAGUGCUGUGGCUCUGCAACCAUCGCUGCUCCGACACCCGCCUGUUCCGUCGGCCCGCAGCCCUUCACCCAGCAGCUCCACGGGCACUGAAGCUGCCCCCAAAAGCUUGCUGCUGGGUGCCCGAUGGCAGUGCGUUGCAUGCGUGUCUGCAGCUCUGCAGGGUUCAGUGUUCUGUGUCACGGACUCACACCGCUCAGUGCUCAUUGCUCCCAUCCCAGCCGCGCUUUGAGCCCCAAACCCCACUCUGUAGCACUGAGCCCUACAGCAGUGCAGUGCCCAGCGGUGCAGUGUCCCAGCGGUGACACCCAGCUGGGGGCAGGCCAGGUCCCGGCUGCAGCGCGAGGGCUGGAGGCUGAAUCGGUGGUUUGUUCCCCUCUGAAGGCUCCUUUCUCUCCUUGCUGCCCUCUGUUUCUCUUAGGAGAGUUUCAUGUCCCUUGUGUCACAAGGAGCCUUUUCUUUGUCAUCCUUCUGAGCGUGCCGGGCAGGAGGUUGCAUUGCAGCAGCGCCAGCCCCAAAGGCAGCACGGGGUUGGAUCCUGCAUGGAGGGGCUUUGGGGGAUCCGUGCCCAACCCGUCUGAGCCAGGCUGCAAAUGUCGGUGUGGGAGGAUUCUCCUCACCCUCCUGGGAGGAUUCGGGGGAUUUGGGGUGAUGGUGUGCAAUCUGCACUCCCGUCGGUUGGAGCGUGCUGAAGGCUGCCAUCGCCUGUGAUCCCACAGGACAUCAUGGGGACAUCCAGAGCUGUGGGUUCACUCGGGGUGGGGAAACUGAGACACAGAGAGGUAGAGAAGCACCAUCAGAGGUGGAAGUCCGUGCUUUUUUGCAUCUCAGUGUGCCUGUGCUCAGAGUCCUGCUGCAGGGCUGAGCUGCGGUGCCCCCCAAGCUCUGCCAUGGGGACUCAACCCGGGGCUCAGCCUCCAGGUCCGAGUGUUCCUUUCUGCUUGCCGAAACCACAGGUGUGAGGUGAGUUUUGACUCUAUUCCAAGCGAGUUGCUGCAGCCCCGAGCACAACAGAUGCCUCUUUGAAAGAGACGUGCCUCCGGGGCUGCGGUUUGCAUUUGUCCUGGGAUGAAGGACACGGCUCAGCCAAGGCUGCUUUGUUUCGCUUUGGUGCAGACAUCCACCCCUACGGACCCCCUCACCCGAACCAUCGACGGCUGCCCUGUCCCUGGGUUCAGUGCUCUGUGCUUCGGGGCAAUGUGGAGCUCAGAGCUCCAGACCCACAGCAGUGGGGGGAGAACCCCCAGGAACAGCACCCCAAGCCCACCCCACGCUUUGGUGCUCCGCCACCGAGCUGAGCCUGCAGAGCCAGCAUCUCAUUUUCAUGAGGAGAAAAUCGCUUCCCUUUGGAGCUGAUUGCAAAGGAGCCACGGCAUCAGGAAGAGCCUCUAUGUAGGUCAGGCUGUAACCUGCGUGGCGACAGCACGGUGAUGUGGCACAGGGGGGACCCUCUGCACCCCGAGCAGCUCUGCCUGCGGGCAGGAAUUAAGUUGGUGGCAAGUUAAUGGCUUGCUCAGAGUGGGAAAGUGCAGGAUCUCCUAGGGAUGACUUUAAUUUGUGCUCACUAAUAAAAUAAUGGGUGAUUAGCGGUAGGCUGCUUAGAGUGGGAGGCUCUCCUGAGUCCGGCUUGGUGCUCGGUGCUCACAUGGCAUCCCUGGACCCACGAGCAUCUUUGUCCCCAUCUGAGGGUCCCACGGUGUGACAUCAUGGGGCAGGACCACACUUGGCUGAGCACAGGGACGGCUGCCCUGGGGGGUGUGCUGUGCCCACGGGAGGGAAUCCAACCUGACCGAAUAGGUCGAAAAAAUCCAUAGAGAUGCAUCACAGCCCCAGUGCUGAGUGCCCUGAGAGCCGUCAGGCUGCGGCCAGGCCACGAACAGAGCGGGCUGUGUGUGCCCCAGAGCCAACCGUCAGCACAAAGCUGUGCCUGUUCUCACUGCUCCAGCUCCAGGCGAAGCCUCUGUGGGGUAGAGCAGCACCUGGGUGCCCUCCCCAGCAUGUCCCCAUAUGUCCAGCUGUGUCCCCUCUUGUCCCUGCAGAUUUGUUCACUUAUUUGAGUUUGGGGAUUCUUUUUUUUUUCCUUGGAGAGCUGCAGCCUGGAUGGUCUUAGAGGACUGAGAAGUGGGCUGGGGUGGUUUUGGGGCCCAGGGGAUGGUGUUGGUGGCCAAGAGGGGUCCCUGCUACUUUGAGUCUCUGCCUGUGCGGAGACAUGGGGACACAGGGACAGAGCUGCCCUUGUGGCUGCAAUUGGGGCCAUGGAGGAGGGACAUCACCGUGCUCCAGUUCAGCUCCUUCACUCUCCUCUCCCUCCGCAGUGCCUUCCUGGAGCUGCCUCACCAGGAUGAAUGGAACGGCCAACUUGGCCCCGACCGCCCGUGGCCACUUCACCUCCGCCAUCCCGGUGCCACGAUCCACGACCCCCAACAAACUGCCUUCUGCAGCCCCCCCGGCCCGGCACAGCACCUCAGGCCCCCCUGCCUCCCACCGGGCCACAUCCCCACGGCCGGCAGCACCCCCCGGCCCCAAAAGCCUCAAACCCAGGCCCAGAGCUUCAGGUCGUGAGGCAACCGAGAGCCCAGGUGUAACCUCCCAUGGGGGGCAGAGAGCCCCACUGCUCCCCGGGAAGGGGGUGGGGGGAAGCCGGGUGGAGUACAGCCUAAGGGGGCCUGGGGCCCACCGUCCCCUCGGGAUGGCAGUGGAGGAUGGACCCGACGCUGGCCCUAUGAGCAGGAGCCCCAUGUUUGGGUCGGGGACCAUCAGCUUCUCCUCAGCCUCCCCGCAGAGCCGCCCUGUGACAGCCACUGUUGCCCCGUUCCACUACCGGCUGCAGGAGGAUGGAGAGCAGAAUGCCACAUCCCUGUGUGACACCGCUCCUGCUGAGGUGCCCGACCCCAAAUCCAGAGCCAUGACAGCCCCCGGCGGGUUAAAUGAUUGCAGCGCGGGGAUGCUGGGGAGCAACCUCAAGAGCCUUCCCGACGUGGAGCUGGGCGAGGAGGGCGCGGCGGAGCUGCGCGGCUUUCGGCGGGGCCCCGACGGCGGCGGCGCGGUGAUGCCCAAACGGGCGAAGGCGGCGGCGGCGGCGGCGGGGGGGCCGCGGGGCGCGGAGCUGCGGGUGUUCAAGGCGAGCAGCGCGGAGGGGCGGCUGCCGGCCGGCUCCAACCUGCGCAAGCAGAAGUCGCUCACCAACCUGGCCUUCCUCACCGACGCCGAGAAGAAGCGGCAGCUCUACGAGCCGCGCUGGAGCGACGACAUGGCCAAAGGGACGGCGACCACCGCGGUGGCGGCGGGGGGACGGGGCGGGGGCGGCGGUCCCCGUGGCCGCGAGGCGCCCGCCAUGUCGCGCAGUCUGUCCCGCUCCGAGCACUCCCUGCUGCCGCCGCGCCCCGCCGGGCCCCAGAAGCCGCAGCCCGCCGCCGGGAAGCCGAGCCGCAUCCCCCGCGGGCCCUACGCCGAGGUGAAGCCGCUCAGCAAAGCACCCGAGGCGGGCGGAGGCGGAGGAGGAGGGGGCGGCAAGUGCGACGACGAGCUGCUGGGCGGCAAGGGGCCGGCGGCGGCGGGGGCCGAGGAGAAGGCGUACCUGAAGGUGGACCCCGAGCUGGUGGUGACGGUGCUGGGCGACCUGGAGCAGCUGCUCUUCAGCCAGAUGUUGGACCCCGAGUCCCAGAGGAAGAGGACGGUGCAGAAUGUUCUGGACCUUCGGCAGAACCUGGAGGAGACCAUGUCCAGCCUGCGGGGCUCCCAGGUGUCUCACAGCUCCCUGGAGAUGACGUGCUACGACAGCGACGAAGCCAACCCGCGCAGCGUCUCCAGCCUGUCGAACCGCUCCUCGCCGCUCUCCUGGCGCUACGGGCAAUCCAGCCCGCGGCUGCAGGCGGGGGAUGCGCCGUCGGUGGGGGGCGGCUGCCGCUCCGAGGGCACCCCCGGCUGGUACAUGCACGGCGAGCGGGCGCAUUACUCGCACACCAUGCCCAUGCGCAGCCCCAGUAAACUGAGCCACAUCUCGCGGCUGGAGCUGGUGGAGGCGUUGGACAGCGAUGACGUGGAGCUGAAGUCGGGAUAUAUGAGCGACAGUGACCUGAUGGGGAAGACCCUGACGGAGGACGAUGACAUCACCACGGGCUGGGAUGAGAGCAGCUCCAUCAGCAGCGGCCUCAGCGAUGCCUCUGACAACCUCAGCUCGGAGGAGUUCAAUGCCAGCUCCUCGCUCAACUCCCUGCCUUCCACCCCCACGGCCUCGCGCAGGAACUCGGCCAUAGCGCUGCGCACCGACUCUGAGAAGCGCUCGCUGGCGGAGAGCGGGCUGAGCUGGUACGGCGAGGCGGACGAGAAGGCGCCCAAGAAGCUGGACUACGACAGCAGCAGCCUCAAGAUGGAGCACGGCUCCUCCAAGUGGCGGCGGGAGCCUGCAGAGAGCUGCGAGGAGGGCUCCAAGGGUGGAGAGCUGAAGAAGCCGGUCAGCCUGGGCACCCCCGGCUCCCUCAAGAAGGGCAAAACCCCACCGGUGGCAGUGACCUCUCCCAUCACCCACACGGCCCAAAGCACCCUCAAAGUGGCAGGCAAACCCGAGACCAAAGCCACCGAUAAGAGCAAGCUGUCAGUGAAGAGCACGGGGCUGCAGCGCUCCUCCUCUGACGCUGGCCGCGAUCGCGUCGGCGAUGCCAAGAAGCCGCCCUCGGGUCUCACGCGCCCCUCAGCCUCCAGCUCCUUUGGCUACAAGAAACCGGCCCCGGCCACCGGCACUGCCACUGUCAUGCAAGCUGGGGGCUCAGCAACGCUGGGCAAGAUCCAGAAGAGCUCCGGUAUCCCCGUCAAGCCGGUCAGCGGGCGGAAAACAAGCCUGGAUGUCUCCAACGCAGCCGAGCCCGGCUUCCUGGCCCCGGGGGCUCGCACCAACAUCCAGUACCGCAGUCUGCCCCGGCCGGCCAAGUCCAGCUCCAUGAGUGUGACUGGUGGCCGCGGCGCUAACCGGCCGGUCAGCAGCAGCAUCGAUCCCAGCCUGCUCAGCACCAAGCAGGCCAGCAUCACGGUGUCGCGGCUCAAGGAGCCGUCCAAGAUCGGCGCUGGCCGUGGCACGCCGGCCCCCGUGAACCAGACGGACCGGGAGAAGGAGAAGGCCAAGGCCAAGGCCGUAGCGCUGGACUCCGAGUGCGUGACGCUGAAGAGCGUUGGCUCUCCUGAGAGCACCCCCAAAGCCCAGGCCAACCUCCCGCCGGCGGCCAAGGUGGCUGAGCUGCCCCCCACCCCCCUCAGAGCGGCUGCCAAAACCUACGUGAAGCCUCCCUCAUUGGCCAACUUGGACAAGGUCAACUCCAACAGCCUGGACUUGCCCUCCUCCAGCGAGCUGCAUCCCCCACACACUGCCAAGCUCCAGGACCUGCACCCAGCUGGCGGGCACCUGACACCCUGCUUCAGCCCCAGUCCUGCUCCCAUCCUCAACAUCAACUCGGCCAGCUUCUCCCAGGGCCUGGAGCUCAUGGGCGGCUUCAGCGUCCCCAAGGAGGGCAGGAUGUACCCUAAGCUCUCCGGCCUGCAUCGCAGCAUGGAGUCCCUGCAGAUGCCCAUGAGCCUGCCCAGUGCCUUUUCGGGGGGCAGCACCGCCACCCCCAGCCCUGCUGCUGUCCCCCCUGCCAGCACAGAGGAAGAGGAGGAGGCGGGUGAGCUGGGCUGGAGCGGCAGCCCCCGGCUUGCACACCUGGACAGCACCAACCGUGACAGGAACACGCUGCCCAAGAAGGGGCUGAGGUACCAGCUGCACUCCCAGGAGGAGGCCAAGGAGCGCCGCCACUCGCACACCAUUGGAGGGCUGCCCGAAGCGGACGAUCAGCCGGAGCUGCCCUCACCCCCUGCCCUCCCCAUGGCUCUGGUUGGGAAGGGUCCGCUCACCAGCAUCGUGAGCCCCACUGCCACCACCACCCCGCGGAUCACCCGCUCCAACAGCAUCCCCACCCACGACUCCACCUUUGAGCUGUACAGCACCUCCCAGAUGGGCAGCACCCUCUCCCUGGCAGACAAACCCAAGGGCAUGAUCCGCUCGGGCUCCUUCCGGGACCCUGUGGAUGACGUUCAUGGAUCGGUGCUGUCCCUGGCCUCCAGCGCGUCCUCCACCUACUCCUCCGCUGAGGAGAAGAUGCAGUCUGAGCAAAUCCGCAAGCUGCGUCGCGAGUUGGAGUCCUCGCAGGAGAAGGUGGCCACGCUGACAUCCCAGCUGUCUGCUAACGCCAACCUGGUGGCAGCUUUUGAGCAGAGCCUGGUGAGCAUGACGUCCCGCCUGCGGCACCUGGCCGAGACCGCUGAGGAGAAGGACACGGAGCUGCUGGACCUGCGGGAGACCAUCGAUUUCCUGAAGAAGAAGAACUCAGAGGCCCAAGCCGUGAUCCAGGGUGCCCUGAAUGGCACCGAUGUUGCUCCCAAAGAGCUGCGCAUCAAGCGGCAGAACUCCUCAGACAGCAUCUCCAGCCUCAACAGCAUCACCAGCCACUCCAGCAUCGGCAGCAGCAAAGAUGCCGAUGCCAAGAAGAAGAAGAAGAAGAGCUGGCUGCGUAGCUCCUUCAACAAAGCCUUCAGCAUCAAGAAGGGGCCCAAGUCGGCCUCGUCCUACUCAGACAUUGAGGAGAUCGCCACGCCGGACUCAUCAGCCCCGUCCUCCCCCAAGCUCCAGCACGGCUCCACCGAGACCGCCUCGCCCUCCAUCAAAUCCUCCACCUCCUCCUCUGUGGGCAUCGACACGGCUGAGCUCUUCCAGGCGCACGGUGAGGGCGAACCAGAGAAGAAGGAGGUGUCAGAGCUGCGCUCGGAGCUGUGGGAGAAGGAGAUGAAGCUGACGGACAUCCGCCUGGAGGCCCUCAACUCGGCUCACCAGCUGGAGCAGUUGCGGGAGACCAUGCACAACAUGCAGCUGGAGGUGGAUCUCCUGAAGGCAGAGAACGAUCGGCUCAAAGUGGCUCCGGGGCCCUCGGUGGUGCCGGGAUCCAUUCCUGGCCACAUCACCAGCACGUCGGCCUCCUCGUCGCCACGGCGCUCGCUGGGGCUCUCCCUGGGCCAUGCCUUCAGCCCCAGCCCGGGGGACGCCGACAUGUCUCCCAUGGACGCCGUCAGUGCUGGCACCCAGAAGGAUGAGCUGACGCUGAGGAUCGUGGUGCGCAUGCCGCCCCAGCACAUCAUCAAGGGGGACCUCAAGCAACAAGAGUUUUUCCUGGGCUGGACCAAGGUGAGCGGGAAGGUGGACUGGAAGAUGCUGGAUGAGGCUGUCUGCCAGGUCUUCAAGGAUUACAUCACCAAGAUGGAUCCUGCCUCCACGCUGGGGCUCAGCACUGAGUCUGUUUAUGGCUACAGCAUCAGCCACAUCAAGCGGGUCCUGGACACGGAGCCUCCGGAGCUGCCGCUGUGCCGCCGGGGCAUGAGCAGCAUCGUGGUGACACUCAAAGGCUUGAAGGAGAAGUGCGUGGACAGCUUGGUGUUCGAGACGCUCAUCCCCAAGCCCAUGAUGCAGCAUUACAUCAGCCUCCUGCUGAAGCACCGGCGGCUCAUCCUCUCGGGACCCAGCGGCACCGGCAAGACGUACCUGACCAACCGGCUGGCCGAGUACCUGGUGGAGCGCUCGGGCCGGGACGUCACCGAGGGCAUCGUCAGCACCUUCAACAUGCACCAGCAGUCCUGCAAGGACCUGCAGCUGUACCUCUCCAACCUGGCCAACCAGAUCGACAGGGAGACGGGCACGGCAGACGUGCCCCUGGUCAUCCUCCUGGACGACCUCAGCGAGGCGGGCUCCAUCAGUGAGCUCGUCAACGGCGCGCUCACCUGCAAGUACCACAAAUGCCCCUACAUCAUCGGGACCACCAACCAGCCUGUGAAGAUGACCCCGAACCAUGGUCUCCAUCUCAGCUUCAGGAUGCUGACCUUCUCCAACAACGUGGAGCCAGCCAAUGGCUUCCUGGUGCGCUACCUGCGGAGGAAGCUGCUGGAGUCAGACACGGACGUCAACGCCAACAAGGAGGAGCUGCUGCGUGUGCUGGACUGGGUGCCCAAGCUCUGGUACCACUUGCACACCUUCCUGGAGAAACACAGCACCUCCGACUUCCUCAUCGGUCCCUGCUUCUUCCUGUCCUGCCCCAUUGGAAUCGAGGAUUUCCGGACCUGGUUCAUUGACCUGUGGAACAACUCCAUCAUCCCUUACCUGCAGGAGGGGGCGAAAGAUGGGCUCAAGGUCCACGGGCAGAAGGCAGCCUGGGAGGACCCCGUGGAGUGGGUGCGGGACACCCUGCCCUGGCCAUCAGCACAGCAAGACCAGUCCAAGCUGUACCACCUGCCCCCACCCACCAUCGGACCCCAUAGCACUGUCUCCCCCCCCGAGGAGCGCACUGUCAAAGACACAACGCCCAGCUCCCUGGAUGCGGACCCCCUGAUGGCCAUGCUGCUGAAGCUCCAGGAAGCCGCCAACUACAUCGAGUCUCCGGAUCGUGAAACCAUGGUGGAUCCCGACCUGCAGUCGACUCUGUGAGGCACUCACAUGCUGGCCCAGGUGCAGGGGGCGGCCGCCGGGCUGCCCUCCUCCUCCUCUUCCUCCUCCGGUAGCCUGGAGCGCAGGGCUGGGGCUGGCGAGCGGUGAGGAGCGGAGCCCUGUGCAGCUCUGCGCAGCGUGGGGAAGCUCAGCUCUGCCGUGGGAGAGUGCGAGGCUCCGCUUCCCCACCCCUCUUUGGGGGUAGGAGAAUCCUGGUUUCUCUUCUUGGUUUUUCUGUCUCUAUUGCAAACUCUCGGGUUUUGGAGCUGCUGCGGCCAAGCCCCCGCUCCAGGGAGCUGCAGGAUGGGCCCUGCGUGGGGCAGGGACCCCGUGGGAGCCCCCUGGGCUGGAGCUGGGGGGUGGGAGGACGUGUGGCCGUGUCUGUGUGUCCGGCACCGUGCUCCCACUGCUCUCUUUGUACAUUCCUCAUUUAACCUGCUUGGCAGCCGCUGCACCCAGGACAACCCAAUAAACCCCGCUUCGGUUAUUUUAUUUUAUUACUCCCCCCUCCCUUUUUCGUUUGACCGAGUCCAGACUUUGCUUUGCUCCCUUUUUUGUUCUGGUUCUUUGCUCUCCCAAGCCUGAGCCCAUGCUCUGGUGCCCAUCGCUUCCCCCCCUGAGCAGCUCUGCUUCCUUUUGGUUUCUUUUACAGCUGUUGGUCCCACCACUCCACACACUUCCGUCACACAACUGGUGCUCACUGGACAACCUCCAGUCCCCAAAUCCACCUCUCCAGUUGCCUCAUAUCUUGGCUGGGAUGGGUCUGGGCAGGUGGUGGUAGGGGGAUGCACCCGGAGAGCCCCUUUGCCUGGAGGCCCCCUCCCCAAAAAGCACAAGGCAAAGUGUGGCCUUGGGCCAGGGGGGGUGCUGUGGGGCUGCCAAGGGGCAGCACAGUGCUGUGGGGCAAGGGGUGGCAAUUUGCUCCCAUCCCCUCUCUGCUGCCGGGUUGGGUGGCACAGGGACAGAGCCGUGCCUGACAUUGUCCCCGUGCCUCUGGCUCACCACUGCCCCAUGGGGUUUUGUGACCCCCCCAGGCCCACCCUGUGCCCUGCAGCCGCACAGUGCCCUCUCAGCAUGGGCUCUCCAUACCCUCACUGGUGCUCUGGGGACAUCCAGCUGGGGCCACGCGUCCCCUUGGCCCUAUGGUGCAAUGUCACAGGCGCUGCUCCCUGCACUGCCUUAAUCCCUGUGGGUAGGGGGCACGCAGGGCUGGAGGGGGGGGCCACUGGCACAGCCCGCAUUUGCUGCCUCCAAAGCCAGCUGGGCUGGGAUGGGACUGUGGUGCCAGUGCUUCGCUGAGCGCUGCCCAGCUGGGGCCACUGCCUUCGGUCCCUUUAGUACCCUUCUCUUCCCCUCCUCCCUGCCCCGCAGAGGGCACAGCACCUUUAGGGGAGCCGUUCCCCACGGCUGCUCUGCCCCCCACUGCCUUCAGGGACCCCCCCCCACCUCCCUGGGGCUCUGUGUGCCCCCCGCUGCCCUCGGUGCUCUCCUGCCCGCGCAGCCCUCCCGCGCGGCCCCAUGGUGCUCACUUCUCCGUCUGUCCCACAGCCUCCCCGCUGCCAGCCCCUCUGCACAGGGCUGUCCCUCCCCACGCUGGCUUGGACGUUAGGGCUUUCCGUUUGCCUUCUGUUGUGUUGUCAGCUGAGGACUCGCUGUAAAUAGAUCCGUAGUCGAACGCCCUGCGUGAGUUGGCGGGGUCCGACCCUGCGCGUCUUUCUCCUUUUUUUGUACUCUGUGAUAACUGUGCUGUGCUGACUUCUUUUCUGAUUGUACCAGGUGUUGGCUCAGCAGCAGCUCGAGGUUGGGGACCCGCACUCCCCUCUCACCCCCCUCGGGACCUUAACGCCCUGAGGACGGGGCACAAAGCACCUUUGGGGGCCCUGGAGGAGCCCCGCAGUGCACGGUGUUGGUGCAGCCUCACACUGGGAUUUCAUCCCUGGCACCACCACGGAGCCACCAAAACACCCCACAAACCCUCACAGGACACGCACUGCAGCGUCCCCUUGUGUGGCCUGUGGGGUCGCCCCAAACCUGUGGGUGCAGACACCCAAGCCCUGUGGGAUGAACAGCAGCUACAGCCGGGCCCUGGGCACGGUGGGUGCUGGGUGGGGCUUCCUAGUGGGGUCCCUCACCCAAAGGGGACCGGCGUUGGUGGCUCCUGUUGGUGUCCCCCAGUGUGGUGGCACCCAUUGGGGAGGUUGGGGACCCUCAGGGUGCCCACACCCAUGGAUCCCACCAUUGCUCUGCCCAUUGCUGGGGCUGCCAGCCACCCCUGGGUGCUUGCUGUCCCCGUGGGGACGCUGUGCUAAGGCUGCCUGCUGGCCCCGAGGUGCCGUCACCCCAAAGGCGCCCGCGGCCCCUUGGAGCACCAGGAGCCCCCCCCCCACCCUCGAGCUGCUGCUGCCCAGGGGCCUGAACCUUACAAUUUUAGCUUUUUUCUAUUAAAAGAAGAAACAAACCUUUUUUUAAUUAAAUAAAAGACGAAAAUGGACAAAUUCCUGUUUUAGAUGAUCUGUGUAACUGACUGGGUUUUGUGUUUCUUAACUGCAUGGUGUUCCUGCCGAGGGGUUUUAUAGCACUUUUUAAAUUUCUCUUUAAGAUUUUGGUCCAGAUUUCUACUGCUCUCUCGCCUGUCUGUCUUUGCUUUUUCCCUCGCCUCCAAGUUUGUAAACUCGCUCCGUUUUAUACCUGAUGUGGAAACCCAACCCCACGUUGUACAUAGCUGCGGGAACAAUCAGAGGAACAAACACCACCUGGACUCUGCCACCAUUCGUCGUUUUUACUUAAAGAAAGUACAUGAGGAAGCCAGGAAAAGGCUUGAGGCUCAUUCCGAAGGACAGUAACCAACCCAGCCCUGCACCAAGUCAGCUCCUGCUGCCCACGCCGCCCGCACCACCCGGCAUGUCUCUCUCGGUCGUCUGUCUCACACCAUUGGGUUCAAUAAAGUUAUCUCCUGUA